AUGGCGGAACAAGAGGAAGAUUUUAGCUCUUUGCCGCUGACAGACCGUUGGGUGCACAAGGUCUGGAAGGUGCGAAAGCAAGCUUACGAAGACGGUGCGAAACAAUUCGAGAAGACGCCCGACGAACACGACCCAGCCUUUCGACCGUUCCUCCAAGACCCUUCGCUCUUCAAGUCAGCAGUAGCAGACUCCAACGUCGCGGCGCAACAAGAAGGAAUCGCGGCAUUGUGCGCAUUUCUCAAGUUCGGUGGCAGGGAAGGAUGUUUGCGAACACGAAGCCAGGCCAUCACCCCCAUUCUCGAGAAGGGUCUCUCGUCGACAAGAGCAGCCACCAAGACGUCGUCGCUCGAGGCUCUUUUAUUGUUUAUAGAACUGGACGUGCCUAGCCCUGUCAUUGAGGAUGUUCUGCCGAUAUUGUCGGCGAAACAACCCAAGGUCAUCGCUGCCGCAUUAUCCGCUCUGACGCAGAUCUUCCACAACUACGGUUGCAAGACGGCCGAUCCGAAACCGGUCCUCAAAGCGCUCCCAAAGGUCUUUGGCCACGCGGACAAGAAUGUCCGAGCCGAGGCCACAAACCUGACCGUCGAGUUCUACAGGUGGCUGCGAGAUGCGAUGAAGCCCAUGAUUUGGAACGAGCUGAAGCCGGCACAGCAGACGGAUCUCGAGGCGCAGUUUGAAAAGAUACGAGCGGAACCUCCACCCAAGCAAGAACGUCUCUUACGGUCUCAACAAGAAGCACAAGCGAGAGCGCCUGCGGGGGGUGGGGAUGAUUACGACGGAGGCGAGGAAGAACCAGAGGAGCCCGCAGAGAUUGAUGCAUUUGACCUCGCAGAGCCGCAAGAUGUCCUGAAAGCCCUGCCUGCAUCUUUCCACGAUAACAUUGCUUCGUCGAAAUGGAAGGACAGGAAAGAGGCGUUGGAAGGGCUCUAUGCGUUGUUAAAUGUGCCUCGCAUCAAAGACGGCGAUUUCAACGAGAUAAACCGGGCAUUUGCCAAAAGUAUGAAGGACGCCAACAUUGCAGUUGUCAUACAGGCUGCGCAAUGUCUCGAGGCCUUGGCCAAGGGACUGCGGAAAGCCUAUGGCAAAUAUAGGAGUGUCGUCAUGCAGCCGAUUCUCGAAAGGCUCAAGGAGAAAAAAGCAACCGUAACGGACGCCUUGGGUGCUGCCCUAGAUGCCGUCUUUUUGUCAACAAGCCUGACCGAGUGUCUUGAGGACAUCACUGCUUAUAUGAUUCACAAAAACCCUCAAGUCAAGGAGGGAACAGCGAAAUUUCUGAUACGAUGCUUGAGGACGACAAGAGAAGUUCCGGCCAAAGCGGAAAUAAACACCAUGGUGGAGUCGGCCAAGAAGCUCCUAGCCGAGUCAACAGAGACGUUGCGAGCUAGUGGUGCCGAGAUUCUUGGAACCAUUAUGAAGAUCAUUGGCGAGCGCGGGAUGAAUGCACACCUUGAGGGCCUGGAUGACAUUCGCAAGAACAAGAUAAAAGAAUUUUUCGAGACAGCCGAAGUCAAAGCAAAGGAACGACCCAAGCCUAUCAUCGGCAAAACGCCAGCACCAGCAGCUGGCCCACCGAAGCGGUUGAUGGGUGGCAAAAAGGCACCGGCUGGUGUGAAAAAGCCGGCCGCUGUGGCCCCACCACCAGCAAAGGAAGAACCCCUGGCGCCGCAACCGACAUCGCGUCCCACACCGGCUGGCGGCAAGUUGGGAAUGCCCAAGCCGUCAGGUCUAGGAGGUUUGAAACCACCAGCAAAGCGCGCGCUUGCUGGUCCCGGAACAAUGGCAUCUCCACGUCGGCCACCUUCGGCUGCGCCCCCUGCUAUGGACGACGAGCCUGAGUAUGCAGCGCCACCACCGCAACCAAAGUUAGGAAUGGGCCGUGGCGGUCUUGCUGGACGUUCGCUCGCCAAGCCCGCUGCGCCAGCGGCAGUACCGGCGGCUCCUCCGUCGCCUGGACCGUCAUCAGGACUCAUGGCCCUUGAGCGCGCCGAGCUCGAGGAACUUCGCGCGGCCAAUGAUCGGUUGACCAAACUUGUUGAGGAAUCACGACAUGAGCGCACUAAACUCAUGUCGGAGAUUCAGGAACUGAAGAAUCAGAACGCCGGCCUGAUCGAAGACCACACGCGCGACGUGCUGAGCAUCAAGGCCAAGGAGACGCAGCUCGUCCGGGCUAGGAGCGAUGCCGAAGCCGCCGAGAGCACAAAUGAGCGUCUACGGCGCGAGCUGGAGCGCCUUAAGCGGGCGCUUGGUAAAGCGGAGGCCAUGGGAAUGCACAUGCAGCAUGACGACCCGCGCAGCCCGGCUGGGAGCGUCCCGUCGCCAUCACAAGAUGACGUGGGCAUCUUCAGAGACGGCAGCGAAAGGGGCGGAUAUGGUGGCGGCAGCAACGGGAGGAACAGGAUUAGCUAUGCUAGCACGCAUAGUGAAGAGAAAGAGAAUGGCGACGACCACCGCGCGCCACCGUACAGCCGAAACAAGAUGAUGAGUCCCGAGCUCCGGUACGCCAACAGCGGCACCUCGAGCGGGAGAGGCAGCCCUGCGAGAGGAUUCAGGAGGGAGGCGGGAGACGGUGACAGUGUCGGUGUCAGGCCGAAAUACUCAAGCGGCGCGAGCAACUACGCGCCUUCUGAGCGAGUGGGCUCUUCGGCGCCCGCUGCUGGGCAAGGAGUCGAGAGCUGGAAGAGGGCUGCCGAAGUGACAAGCCAACUCAAGGCAAGAAUAGAGCAGAUGAAGGUCAGUCAAGUCUCUCUAAUGAUUGUGCUUUGGGUCUUUUCGCAAAACAAGGAUUAUCACGAUAGCAACCGCAGAGUUCCAGCAAAACCUGAGCUCGAUAAGCUCUUGGUUGGAGAAAUGUUUCACGAAAAUGUUCUAACGUUCUGCCGGCGACUGCAGCAAGCAAUCGUGCAUUUUGAGGUCGACUUCAAGCUGGUGCGCCUGGGAUUAGUCGCAACGGCGACGCUGAUCGGCAUCGCGGUCAUAUAUUAUGCCUUUGUAGGCUACAGGGUCCGGUCUAGGUUCCAGCGGCUGCAGAAGCAGGGAGUGCCCAUGAUGCCGCAUAACCCUAUCCUGGGGCACCUGCCGCUGAUGCCAAAGAUCCUGGCUGGCUUGCCGGCGGACGCGGCGUCGCUCUUCCUGCCGCUUCAGAUCCAGCAAAACUGGCGGUCAGUGUUUCCCGAGAACGUUUCGGAGCUGCCGCCGGUAGUCUACGUCGACCUGUGGCCGCUGAUGCCGCCGACGGCAAUGAGCUUCUCGGGCGAUGUCUCGGCGCAGUUCACGCAGGAGUUCAACCAGGUCAAGCUGCCGGACCAGAAGCGCUUCCUGAUGCCACUGACGGGGACCCGCGACGUCUCCUCGGCUGAGGGCGACGAGUGGGUGCGGCGCCGCAAGGCCCUGAACCCGCUCUUUAGCCCGCAGAACAUCAUGGCCUGGGUCCCGGAGCUCGUCGUCGAGCUCGAGGUGUUUCUGGAGGGGCUCAGGAGCAAGGUUGGCAAGGGAGGGGGUUGGGGUCCGAUGUUUCGGCUUCAGAGGCCGGUUGAGCUGUUUACGUUGGACAUGAUCAACCAUUUCUGUCUGUUAGAGAGUCUGCUCGCCCUUUUCCCCAGGAGCAAACGCUUUCACGAGCAGACAUCCGCAAUGAGCGUCGUGUCGACAGGCGUGCUAGACAUACUGUCGCGGCAGGCCAUGUUCCUGCACAUCGGCAACGUCUGGGGCUACUAUAGCCCCUGGCGGCUCUACAAGGUUUGGCAGCAGCAGCAGCUCAUGAACGAUUUCUUCCUCCCUUAUAUCCGUCGGCGAUUCGACGCCAGGGCCAAGGAGAGCGAGUCGUCGCCGGCGGGGACAGGUGGCGUCGACCUCCCGCACGUCAUGUUCAAGGCGGCCGAGGCGAGUAGCGCCAAGGAGGACCGCAAGCUCGCCUUCUUGGACGUGGCGCCGGACGUCAUGGGCGAGGCCAAGCUGAUGGUGUUUGCGGGCCACGACACGACGACGUUUGCGCUCACGAGCAGCAUCAAGCUCCUAUCGGAGCACCCGGCCGCGCUGGAAAAGGUGCGGGCCGAGGUCAAGGAGGUCCUGGGCGACAGGCCGAUGGAUCGGAUCAGGGAGGAGCCGCACCUGCUCAACUCGCUCGUCUACACCAACGCCGUCAUCAAGGAGACGCUGCGCGUACACCCCAACGUCGGCACGCUGCGCAUCGGCGCCGAGGGAUUCAGCCUGUACGGCCCGCCGGGCAGCGGGCACGAGGGCGUCGUCUUCCCCGUGGGCGGCUGCAUGCUCUGGGACGCGAGCUCGGCCAUCAUGCGGCACGAGGCGGUCUGGCCGCGCGCGGGCGAGUUCGUGCCCGAGCGGUGGCUGGUGGAGCAAGGGGACGAGCUCUACCCCGGCGAGUACCAGAAGAACUGGUACCGGCCGUUCGAGCAGGGGCCCAGGAACUGCAUUGGGCAGCCGCUGGCCAUGGCGGAGCUCAAGAUGGCGGUGGCGUGCGUGGUGGCCGAGUUUGAUGUUGAGUGUGAUUGGGACGAGUGGGAUGUUGUUUGCGGCAACGUCGGCCCUGGCGCCAAAAAGUUUACACACAAUGGCAACAGGCUCUACAUGGUCAACGAGGAAGGGCCGCCCAAGUUCAAGGAUGGGAUGCCGGUGCACGUGCGGCUCCGGUCAGGAAAGGAAUAA